AUGUUAAUGCCAUACGGAGGUAUUUCACACCAGUUGCAGUCCCAGGUAACUUUUCUUUAACUGAUGUUUUAUCUAUGCCAAAAUCUGACCACUGGAAAUUCUUCACUAUCAUAUGUGUGUGUGUAUGUGUGUGUGUGUUGUAGGUGGAAAUGAAAUUCAGGUUAAAAUGAUUUCAACCUAGAUUGAUUUGAAUCUCCUUUGUUUCGAAGAGGCAAUUCGCAUGUAUUUUAAAACCUUAACUUUUCUUCCUAACAGGUGCCAAUGGGACAUUUUCUGUAAGAGGUCAGGCUCAACACCCAGCCAUUCCGGUUGAGGACAUUGUAUGGCUUUGACUUCAUGAAUGCUGAUGGCAAUCAAGUACCAUUUGAAAGCGCCAUCCACAUUUUAAAACGGAAGCUGUUUCCUGCCAAUUAUGACCCUUAUCCUUGGGAUGCAAAAAGUAUAUGCUGUAGUUUGUAAUAUCUUUCUUGUUUUAUGAGCACUAUUACCCUCAAAUGGUACGGCAUGAAGUCCAACUACUAAUUUAAAAUUGCAUAUUAAAUAACAAAAUUUAAAAAUGAAAUUAUUAUUACAUUAAAUCUCUGCCUGUGCACGGGCUGUUAUAGAGGAUCAGUAGGGCCAGUUUAUAGGCUACCCAUGGCCUAAGGUGCCAUGUACUGUCAAUGUACCUUUCAGUUCUAUUUAUCAUUUAUUUUCAAUUGUUUCUUUUCCUUUAAACAGUGGCUGAAGAGGAUACCAAAGGUUGUCUUAAGUCUUUGAUGGCAACAUACUUGUUCCGCUACAAAAUAAAACGAAUGAAAGAAGAAUUAAAUGUGGACUUCAGCAAACACCUUUACCAGCCUGAAUUGUGUGAUGUCACUGGGGAAUACAUACAUGAGAGAGAAGACCACAACCAUGUUCUUAAACGUAUCACUGAAUGUCUUCGUGCAGGUGAAAUCCCAGGGGUUGACACCCGCUACUUCAGAGAUGCCCUGCAUGAUGCUCAUUCAGGUUAAUAACAAUUAUUUGUGUUGUGUGUGUAGUCUAUUAAAGGCCCUUGUUCAUCCAAAAUGCAAUGUGCGCCCAAGCUUAUUUUUUGCACUGAUGGAAAAUCUAAAAUUAACGUUCCAGGCAAUCAUAAUGCUACAUUGAACAAUUGAACCUGUUUUUAAAAAAAAACACAAACACACACAGCAGAUUGGGUGAACAUGUACCUUUAAUCAUGAUGUUUUGAUAAUAAUGAUUCAUUUGACCCCUCUGGGUUUAAAUGAAUUCUUGUAUUCAUACCUGUGUACUACAGGUAUAUUGAUGACAUAGAAAAUGGCAUUCUGACAUUUCUUGCUUUGAUUAUUUUUUGAUAGUUCGUGAAAGGGUUAAUAGCCUUUUUUUUUGUCUUUUCACAUUAUCCUUAUAUGAACUGAUGUAAUUCAUUCUAAUAAUUACUAUCCCUUUAACUCCCAAGGGUGCCAAAGAAAAAAAAAAAUUCAAGAAAAAUACCAGAUUUCAUUUUGUAAAAUAUUGAAAAACUAAUGUUUCCGUAAAAAAUGUACUGCUGAAGAGGUUUCAUUUGAAUGGUCACACCAUACGAUUUUGUCCACAGACUCAAAAGUUAGAACUAGUGCUUUACAUGUCUCCAUAAUUAUUGACUGUGGAAGUGAAAGGGUUAAUAUUAUUAAUGUUCUUGUCAUGACCAUGACAACAAAAUUGCUUUUGACCUACCACAUGUACAUUUUUUUUUCUUUCACUGAAAAUUUCUCCAAAAUACAAAAGGAAUUUGCUUACAUACAAAAUAUGUAAUUGAGCAGUAUUUAAAAAGGAAUAUCAAAAAGUUUUUGGAAGCCUCAGCAACGGCAUUUUUUUUUAAAUACAGGUUUAACUUAUGAGGCUUUAACUGGAAAACAGAAACAGUCAGUACCACAUUGUGAACAGGUGUUUUCAAAGGGUGUACUGGAGUUCAUGCAAAGGAAUGGCCAUACUUCAGAGGCACACUUUGUUGAAACUGUUCGAAACUGGCAUAAGGCGGCAGAUGGACGGGGACUAUCAGAGGAAACACGGUCGAAGUAUAACAAUGACAUGAUCAAUUUUCUGUUGACUGAUUGGAUGCCCUGGCAUGAGUACGAAAGGGACUUUUCAACUAUUGAUGUCAUGCGCCCUAUAAAGGGUAUUAAAGGUUUCACUAGAGAAAUUGUGGUUGCUUUGAUUGCGAACUGUGAAAGCCUUGAACUCCGUCGAGCAGAGUAUCAAAGAGAGGUUUGCCCCGGAGCACCCACGUGCAAGCAGCACAGAUGA